AUGGAAUGCCUACGGGAUGAUGCUGUGAAGCGCAUACAGUCCUGCUUCAGUCACGACUUCGACGUUUGGGCGAAGGCCGCCGCUGCCAGGGGCAGCAACCUCGUAUCUUACCGGGACACGGACGCUAUUGCUGCCGUCAACAUUGCACGGCUCACAGACACGUACAACAUACUCCCUUCUGCCCUCUACACAUGCUGCCAGCUCAAGUCCAAGGACCUACUGAAUGGAGUGCCGCAGGCGAACGGAACAAUCGAGCGGCUCACGCAGGCAGAUCUCUUGAGGUGCCUCAAGGCCCGGAAGAAGUUUGUCCAUGACCGUGUCGUCUCCACCUACCGUCUAUGCCAGUUCACUCCGGGAACUCUGCAUAAGUGCACGACCCAACCCAUAUGCCCAUCGCUGCUGAAAAUGCUCGUCAAUCUUGAGGUCACUUUCGGCACAGAAGACUAUGCGUGUCUUACCGACUUGAUCGCUUGGUUGGAAAUAAACUCGGAGGAUCAAUACGGGAACCUCUGUCGUGGUUGCCAGGCGCACGUACAGGAGAGAGCUCUUGGCUUGCGUGCGAAGAUGUGGUCGGACCUCCCAAUGACCUUGGAGUUGAGAAAUGUUGAAGUUAGGGGCCCAUACUAUCCAGAGUAUAUAUAUGAGUAG